GUGCGCAAAUGAAACGUGAUUACUUAUCCGCACUUACCACCAUUCGGUAGCAAAACCACAGAUUGGAGCAAUGCCAGCCUUCGGACACGUACUCCAGCUAUGGUUAUUUUUAACCUUCCUUCCAAACGAUCUGCUAGGCAAAUUUGUCUUCGACAUCCAGGACAACUUCCUCCAGUGCAAUCCAGACACCCCGCUUCCGGCGGUCAAUCUGUCUGAUUUCCAGUUCACCGAGAUGGAAGGUGGGGAUACAAUGCAAGUUUCCGGGAACGUCCUGUUCGUCAAAGAGUACGGUGGAUUUGUUCGGCUCGACCUGCACUCGCAACGAUUGCUGCGGGGCACUUGGGGCGAGGGCGAAAUCUCCCGCUCCGAGGCCAAUCUUUGCGCCAAACUGCAGUUUCCAAUGGAACCAUGGUACCCCAUUACCAAACACUUCCAGCAGAAGAGUUGCCCCUUCAAGGCAGGGCACCUGGAAACACUUCCCCUUGUGGAGCUGGACGAUUUCGGCGUAAGACUGCCAGCCCAGUUUGAAGGCGACUGGAAGUUUUUCUUUGAGUUUUCCCUGAACAGACAGGGGAAAGCAGUGAAGGAGUGCGUUCUCGUUCAGGCGACCGUUGUGGAGGUUUGAGAAGGUUUGGGGACAUUAUGGAAUGAACACACAUUUCUCUUGAACGCGACAUUCAAUCAGACUUAAAUAUAUUUCUUCAAGAACAGUAAGUAAUUUACUUGGUUUAGUUACA